CAACGAAGUGAAAGUAAACCGGACGAUAACAUUUGGAGUGAUAUGUGGUCUGAGAAGAUACAAUAGUGUAUGAAAAUAAAUAAAUAAUUAUGUAAUGCUUUAACUCAGAAGUCUAACACAAACAGGGGCAUGCUUCAGUUAUUGUUGAGUCAUCUUGUCUGACCUGUCAAAGAUGGAUGAAGUGAUGGAUUCUCAAAAGAGUUUGACUGCUGAAGUCGAGCGAGAGGGUGUGGACGAUGAUGCUCCUAAAACAACCUUAUCAGAUAGAAAAGAUCACCUAUUUUGUGGACACCAAAAGCAUGACACUACAAAAGACUGUGCACUAACAGAGAACACUCAAGAUGACGUGGGAUCUCAGACUUUGAUGGACUGUGGGUCUGCAGGUGGGAUGGAUGAAUCUGUCCUUGAAAGCAGCAGAUUUAACACAGCUCAAACACACUGUCCUAAUGGGCAGAAGGCCAAGAGGCCCAGUUCACCUGGUCCUCACUCUGUCAAAACAACCUGUGUUGCUGCACACUCUCCAAAUCCAAAACUCACCCUCUGUCUUAGUAUUAGUCCCAGGAAGGGUGUAAGUACACCCAGUGAUGUGGAGAUGUUGAGUCCGGACAGUCCCGUCAGUAAGACCAUGCUCGUCAACAGCUCUGCAGACAAGGAGCAUGAUGGCAGGGGUUAUGCAGAGGACUCUAGCUUUGCAAAGGAAUCUCAGCAGUUUGUCAAAGACUCUGAAUCUGGAUGCUCGGCCAAAGAAAAAGUCCAUCUGGGUGCCGUGGGAACUAAGGUUGCUGACAUAGCUGGGAACAGUGGCUCAUCUGGUAUGAGCCAGUCAGGUGCACUUUUUGAAAGAGGAUGGCUGGGGACACCCAUAGAUGAGCUGAACAGAAUGCCCCAGUGUGCCCCCCCUCUGUCUCACCUGAAAGCAGUGCCUAACCACACUGUCACAGUCAGGACAGAUCUCCUCAGAGAGGGAGAGGUCCCUGUUUCAUACCCUAGCAAGUUCAAAGACGCGUGGGAUGAUGUGUCCGUGAAGAUGCCCUGCUCCGAGAGGAAUCUGUUUCCCAUGGAGACUGAGGAUGGAGGUGGCGUCCAAAGUCGUUGGGAGCUGAUCCAGACUGCCUUGCAGGGAGGGUUCAAAAGUUCUCUGGAUGUGAGGGAUGCUAUAUUGAGAUACAACACAGCCCAUGCAAAGAAAUGGGACUUCACUGCCCUGAAUCUUCUUUGUACAGAGUAUCUCGAGCAUUCAGAGUUACAGCUCCUGUUUGAGGCCCUGCUACCAGCUAUGGUUGACCUAGCACUCAGUGCUCCUAGCCUCUGCACGAUGCCAAUUCCCUUAUUGAAGUCAAGGAUGAACCACUCCCUGACUCUGUCUCAGGAGCAAAUAGCCUGUCUUCUGGCCAACGCCUUCUUCUGCACAUUCCCCCGACGCAACUCCCGCAAAUCGGAGUACUGCAAUUAUCCUGAGAUCAACUUCUACAGGUUAUUUGAAGGUUCGUCACCAAGAAAAAUUGAGAAACUGAAAACUCUGCUGUGUUACUUCAGGAGAGUUACACAAACCAGGCCCAAGGGUCUUGUAACAUUCACAAGACAAAUACUGAACAAUCCUCCAAACUGGGAAAGUUCCCAGACUCAGCUGAAGCGCCUACAUAUCACGUGUGAGGGGACGAUUGAGGAUGAAGGAUACGGGAUGCUGCAGGUGGACUUUGCAAACAGGUUUGUAGGUGGAGGAGUAACAGGACAUGGACUGGUCCAGGAAGAGAUCCGGUUCCUCAUAAACCCUGAACUCAUUGUCUCUCGCCUCUUUACGGAAUCUUUGGAAUACAAUGAGUGCCUCAUCAUCACAGGCACUGAACAGUACAGUAAAUAUUCUGGCUACGCUGAGAGUUACAAAUGGAAGGACAGUCACAAGGAUGAGACCCCCAGGGAUGACUGGCAGAGACGAUGUACAGAGAUUGUGGCAAUUGAUGCACUCAAAUUCAGGCACUUCCUAGAGCAGUUUCUCCCUGAGAAGAUGACCAGAGAACUCAACAAGGCAUACUGUGGAUUCUUCCGAAACAACGCCAACAGCAAGCACCUCUCUGCAGUCGCUACAGGCAACUGGGGUUGUGGAGCUUUUGGUGGAGACACGCGGCUCAAAGCACUGAUUCAGUUGAUGGCUGCCGCAGAGGCUGGGAGAGACAUGGCGUACUUCACAUUCGGAGAUGCUCAGCUCAUGAGAGAUGUUCAUGAAAUACAUUUGUUCCUCACCGAGAGACAAGUCACCGUUGGGAGGCUGUACAACCUUUUGAACCAGUACUCCAGUCUGGUGUGCAAGAACUGCCGCACGACUCGACCUGACGUCAGUCUCUACAGUUUCAUCUAUGAGAAAGUCUCUUCCCCGACGUCUGCCGAUGCCCAGGACUCUGCCAAGGAUUCUGGGAUGUCCCCUGUAACAUCGGAUUCUCAUUAACACAGACCGAGCUGCAACUUAACCUCCCUCCACGUGUCUCAGCGUAAAAGAGACUUCAGGUUCACAAACCUCAACGUGCUCUCAGCCUUGUGCUUUCAAUCACUUUUCUCUCACACACACUCCCUUUAAGUUUGUGAUCCCAACACACAAACUACCAAAACACAGUUUUGCCUUUCUCGUUGAUGGUAUUAUAGGAGCCUCGUAGUAUGUCACCAGAUGUGGUGAAAUGUUUCAGAGACUUAUAGCAAUAGUAAAUCCUGGUUGCUGUUAGGCCUUUCUUUAGUCUAAAUGUGAUGUGGAUUUUUUUUUUUGUUUUCACUCUAAUUACAAAUAUGGCCAAAUAUUCAUCAUAUGCAUGGUUGUGGACAGUUUCCAUUAUUAAUACCCCAGGACUUGAUAAUCCUCCCUAGUUAUUUUGUCCUAUAUUGUGUUUGCUACUUUUUCUGGAUGAGUUGUCUUCUGUAUCAGCCAUCACCGGGCUGUGGUGAGGUUCCUGAAUGCAGAGAGAUGAUGAGAUGCCAUACUGUAGUCUAUGCAUGGGUAACAUUUAUUUAUCAAAUAUUCUACAAAUAUAUGCUGCUCUUUUGUAUCCUCUAGGAUGUAGAUGCUCAACACACAUAUUGCCCUUAUUUUAAUAUGAGUCAAAACUAUCAAUAAAAUGUCACCGGUAUGAGAAUCCUCUCAGAUGAAACAGAUUCAAGCAACUCAUGGUCAUUUUCAUCUUCAGACCUUUUUAUUCUAUUCUAAAUAACCAUUUUCAAAUAUAUUCAGUGUUAAACACAGUAUUGCUACUGUAUAUACAAAUGAAGGGGGAGCAUAUAAAGAAAUAAUUGCACGCAAAAUAUUAUUUUUGUUAAUGUUUUUACUCAACAUUUACUUUGAGGAUAUUGUUAUGUUUUUUAUUAUUUACUGUAUUUUCUGAUUGACAGCGUGGGUUCUAUUUAAUGAUGGGUUCAUAAAUAGAUUCAAGACUGUAAAUGUAUUGCCUAGUACUGUUCUUUGGGUUUUUAGGUUGUGCUCUUUAUUAUUAUAAUUUCUUAAUUAAAGUAUAUCCUGUUAAAAUGUUA